UGAAAUGUUGAAAAAUCAAAAACAGUCGAUGCUUGUAUUUGUAACGGUGCGGUUGUCGGUCGAUAGUGCGAAAACAACAAUUAAACGAGAAAAAAAAAAAAAACGUUAAACGUGAAAAACGCGGCGGAAGUCGUGAUGAGCAAAAAAAUAAUAAUAAAAAUCAUUGCGAUGAUGAUAAUUUAGAAAUUAGAUGUAGAAGCAAAAUAGAAAGAAAGAAAAAAUAUUAAAUUGUAGUAUAUUUUAAGUCAAAUUCUGUGAGUGUGUGGCAUCGCAAGUGUAAAUAUUAGCAAGCAAGCAAGCCAUCUAUCCAAGCUCCUCCGUAAACUUUGUUCAGAAAAAAAAAUAAAAUACAAAAUAGUGAAGAAGAAGAAAAAAAGUAAAGCAGCAACAAAUAUCACAAGAAAAUUCUACUUGAAAUCAAAAAGAAAAUAUUACACAAAUAAAGUAAAAUAAGAAUAAAUAAAAGUAAUUGUAAAAAAAUAGAAGUAAUUUUUUUGUAAAGUGUUGUAAAGAGUGGCCAAGUGGUUGUGCUCUGCGUGUUUGUGUGAAUAUUUGUGUGCGGCGCUUUCGUGAAUAUGCUUGCCAGUGUAGUAGUUGUGUACGAAAAAAAAUAUGGGCAAAGGUAAAGCAGCAGUAGAAGAAGAAGCAUCCUCCUCAACCUCGGCUAACAGCAGUAGCAGCCAACACCACUAGUCAACCAAGCCAGCCAGCCAGCUAUAGUAUAUUUUGUGCAGUUGUGUGUAAAUAAAUAUACAGUGUGCGAGUGUGCAUGUUAACAAAUUCUAUGACGUGUGUAUGUGUAUGUGUUCGUUUUGCCCAUGAAUAUCAGCAUUCUGCAGUCUGAGCUGUUUGCAUGUGAGAGAGUGUGUUCGUUGUUGGUUUAAAACAGGUUUACAAGUUGAAAAUAGAAGAAUAUAAAGAAUAAGAAGAAGCAGAACGAGAAGUUAUUACUAGUUUGAAAAAAGAAGAAGAAGAAAACAAAGAAAAAAAAUAACAAAAACAAAUCAAGCAACAGUAACAAUAACAACAGCAACAAUCAUACCGACAUUUAUAGCAAGCAAGCAACCAACAAGAAUACAUGAAAAAGAAAAGAAUGGAAUAAAGAUUUCUUUAGCGAGGGGAUGUUAAUUGAUUGUUUACACUUUGGCCAUUAAUCAAAUGCAACAAAAAAAUUGACAAAAAACAUAAAGUGUAAAUGAAAUUUAAAAAAAAAAUAUUGCAAACAAGAAAUUAUUGUCAAUAAAUGGAAAUUUGUUUUCAGAAACAAGAAAAAUGUAGUGAAACCAAGAAGAAAGGAAAAUCCUAAUAGAAAAAAAUACCAAACUGGCUUUCCACCUCAUCUCAGCUGCUGAAGAAGACAAUGUUAGAAGAAGAAAACAUCACCAUUGCAAAUAAUUGCAAAUCAUGAUUCAGACAUUUUUGAUUUAAUCAAGCGAACAUCCAACCAAUCACCACAAACCAGUCGUUCAGUCAGUCCAUGGUAUGUCAAUAUCGUAACGCCAAAGCAAAAAAAAAAAAAAAAGCACAGCGUGGAAAAUUGUAUGUAUCUGAAGCAGCAGCCAGAAAAAAAGACGUGUACAGGAGAUUCCAUAGCAAAUUGUCAAUGUCGCUUCAAACAUCAACUUUUUUUUUUGGAUAUUCAAGAUUGCAAAAAAUUCAAUCGCCACCAAGCCCAAACAAGUUUAUGAUUUAUAGAAAUUGUCUGACUGCUGCUGUGAUAGAAAAGUAGUCGUGGUCGGGGAUCUGGUUUAGCUAGCUACACACAAAGACGAAGGCGUCCCCAAAACUACAAACACAAUUCAACCUACUUACCUUACGUGUCUCACCGGUAUUGAGAGCGAGCACCCCCCGCCCCACCUUCUUCACAUUUCUCCGGUCAUAUUUUUUAUGGGAAGUAAUAAUCAACACGAUCGUCGUUAGCAGUCACCACCGGUAGCAGCAGCAGCAGCGGCGGCAACAGCUGCUUUCCACAACAUCCAACCGCAACACAACAGCAGCACCAUUACCCGCAGCCAACGAGAGGCGCAGCCAACAUGAAUUGGAUUAUUGUUGCCAUAGUGCUGCUGUUGGCCCACAAACAAUAUUUGGCCAGUCCAACACCGCUCAAGUUGCCAGGUCAUACCCACCAGCUGACGCCUUUUAUCCGCCACUGGGAGGCGGCACAUUUUGAUCGCUCAGAUCUACAUGCAGCCCAUCAAAAGCAUAUCGAACAGAAACGCCAUCGCCGGAAAAGAGACUUAAAUGCCGGCGAAUAUGGACCGGCCCAUACAAUAAGACUGAACUUUUCUGCUCAUGACAGAGAAUUUCGUUUAGUGCUGCGCCAAGAUCCGCUGUCUGUAUUUGCCAGCGAUGUUCACAUUGAGAGUACAGAUGGACCCAUGGAUUAUGAUAUAUCCCGGGUGUAUACAGGAUCCUUAGAGGAUGAUGAAAACUCCCACAUACAUGCCAUACUCACCAAUGAUAAUCUAAUUGAUGGCACCAUUGAAACACCCACUGAACAAUAUUACAUAGAACCAUCACACCGCUACUCACCGGAUCUCCAGGAUGCGGGGGUACACACGAUUAUCUAUAAGUUAAGCGAUGUAGAUCAACCAUCGAAAUCCUCUAAGGCCGAACACUGUGCCAGCGAGAGGCUCAAACGCAGCAUGCUAAUGGAUGACCUGAAGCGAAGAAAGUCGCACAGCAACAAAAGUGUGCGAGAGGAGUUGAGGGGGGACAACAAUGGUGGCGUUGGUGAUGGUUUUCAAACAAAAGAACGUGUCAAAAGAUGGCUGCCAGAAGAGCUGGCUUCAUCUGGCGAUGGCCAUAAAAACGACCCACCGUUGCCUUUGGAUUUAGAUGUUCCCUAUAAUGAUGACUACAGUAUUUACCAUAAUGCGGAUACAAAUUCUGAAUCCAGUUCAAGCGCUACAUUAGCGAAUUCCAAUAAAAAAGAAGAAGAAGAAGAACAAAAGCGUAAAACGCAACAAGCAUCUGUGAUAACGUGGCGUAAUGCUGGUCAGCAGCAGACAAAGCAGGGUGGAGGAGCAGCAUCAGACACAACUGCCAAUACUCCACCACCACCAUUUACUCCCUCGUCCUCGUCCUCCUCCGCAUCAUCAUCAUCGACGAAAUACAAUCGCAACCGUAACAUAAUUGUUAGUAAUUAUAAUCCUAACAACAACAACAAUAAUAAUAACAAUGGAGACAGUUCAUACAACAACAACAAUGUGAGGAAAACCUACACCAAACACAAAAACAUCAUUGUCAGCACCUACAACAAUCGCUCAUCGUAUGACGACUUCAAUGACAGCAACGGGGGCGGCGGUGGUGGUUUCUUCAACAACAACUGGACCACCAUCUUCAUGGGCAAUGAUCGACCGAUCCACAAGACCCAUGUGGAAAUAAUCACCAAAAAUGGUGCCACCAAAAAACCCAAUAUCAUUGUCAAUAAUUACAAUCCGGAAAUAAUGAUGGCGCCCAAUCCACACAAUCCCAAUUUCAAUAGCAUGCUAAUGACCAGCUUGCUAAGCAAUCGUGGCGGGGAUUAUGGCGAUAGCCCGAAUAGUGUAAAGUCGCUGUAUGAUCGUAAGAUAACGUGCAUGUUGUAUCUGCAGGCGGAUCAUACAUUUUUUCAGAAAAUGGGUUCAGAUGAGGCGAGCAUUGAGGCCAUAACGCGACAUGUCCAAAGAGCCAAUUCGAUAUACAAGAAUACAGACUUUAACAAUGACGGCAAGCCCGAUAACAUCACUUUCAUGAUAAAACGCAUUAAAGUCCACAACAUGAACGCCAUCAAGGAUCCCUCAUAUCGAUUUCCCGGAAAUUAUGGCGUUGAAAAAUUCUUGGAAUUGUUUUCAGAGGAGGAUUACGAUGCUUUCUGUUUGGCUUAUAUGUUCACCUAUCGGGAUUUCGAAAUGGGCACACUGGGUCUAGCCUGGACGGGUGAUUUGAAGAAUGCCGGCGGUGUGUGUGAAAAGAAUGGGCAUUAUCGUGGCUCCCUGAAAUCCCUCAAUACGGGUAUUGUUACUCUGCUGAAUUAUGGCAAACAUGUACCACCGGCCGUAUCACAUGUAACACUGGCCCAUGAAAUUGGCCAUAAUUUUGGAUCACCGCACGAUCCCGAACAGUGUACCCCGGGCGGCGAAGAUGGCAAUUUCAUUAUGUUUGCUCGUGCCACAUCGGGAGACAAGAAGAAUAACAACAAAUUCUCUCCCUGCUCACUGAAGUCCAUUGAACCGGUUCUGAAUGCCAAGGCACGUAGCACAAAGGGUUGCUUUACCGAACCGCAGUCAUCGAUUUGUGGCAAUGGCGUUGUAGAACCUGGUGAACAAUGCGAUUGCGGGUGGGAAGAGGAUUGUAAAGAUUCUUGUUGCUUUCCCAUGUCACGCCAUCCGCGCAACGAUGAGAAGCCCUGCACGCUGACGCCGAAGGCGAUGUGCAGUCCCUCCCAAGGACCCUGCUGUACGGGCGAUUGUAAACUCAAGUAUGGUGAUAAGUGCAGAGACGACAACGGUUGUCGGGAUCCCAGUUUCUGUGAUGGCCACAUGCCCCAGUGUCCGCCAUCGGUCAAUAAGCCGAACAAGACAAUAUGUAACAAGGAAUUCGUUUGCUAUAUGGGCGAAUGUACGGGUAGUAUUUGUUUGGCCUAUGGUCUGGAAUCGUGUCAAUGUAUUCCGGGGCCCAAAGAUGACAAGAUCAAAUCAUGUGAAUUGUGCUGUAAGCUGCCUGGGGAGGAUAAUCCAUGUCGCAGUUCCUUUGAAUGGAAUGAACCACCAUUUGAUGUACCCGAUAUGUAUGCCAAACCUGGAACACCCUGUAAUGAUUAUAAUGGUUACUGCGAUGUCUUCCAAAAAUGUCGUGAAGUUGAUCCUUCUGGUCCUUUGGCAACAUUGCGCAAAUUGUUGCUAUCCGAGGAGAGCAUUGCCACAUUCAAGAAGUGGAUACAACACAAUUGGUAUACCGUGGCCCUGGCCGUUGUUGGCGUAUUUGUGCUGCUGAUCCUGAGUACGAAACUUCUAACGAAACGAUCAAAUCUAAAACUGAAGUCGGUAACAAUAAUACACAGCGCUACCACCGAAACCGUCCGACUGCCAGACGACAACAACGGCGUUAUCGUUCACACGGCCGUGCGAACAAAGGUGCCGUUCAAAAAGAAAGUCAGAGGCGAGCGAGCAGCAGCCAAUGGUAAGAAAACAUCAGCAGCAACAACAACAGCGCAGGCAGCAGGCGGUGGCGGCGGGGGAGGUGUAACUAAGGCAAGCAAGGUCAUCAAUAAAAACUCCCAUUCCCAUGGACGCAUCACCAAAGUGGCGGCAGCAGCAACGGCGGCAACCACCAGCUCAGCAGCAGCCGGAGCCACUGCUGUUGUAACAACAACAUCGACCACACCGGGUGAAGGCAAGAAACCACCGCGCGGCAAAAAGAAUCGCAUUUCCGGGAGUCAAAGUAAAACCGCUCAAAAUGUCAUCAAUGCUGUGGUCAAUGCCGAAAAGGCAGCCAAUGCGGCGGAAAAUCUCAAGAAAUCAAAGAAAAAGAAACACAGCAAAGAAAUCAUUGAUUAUUCCACACGCAACACAGGCGGUCUGGGUUCGGCCAAUAAUCAUACAAACACUUUUGGCAAGGUACAAAAAUGGUUGCUGGAAUCCCCCAUUGUGGCCCAGCCACUCUCCCACAUUGAACACUCUUCGAAGGUUAAGAAUGUUAUGAGUAAAUCUCAGAGUACCCCCGAAAGAUUGGUCCAGAAGACACCCACCAAGAGUAAGAGCAUGGGUAAUUUGUCCAAUGAAAAGGUCAAGCUGCAAGUGGUCUACAAGCCACCGUUCAAAUUUGCCCUACGCCUCUCGAAGAACACCAAAGUCAAGACCCAUGUCAUUGGCAAUCCGGCGAAUACGAAAUUUAAACGGCAUUCGCGUAGCGACAACAAAAGGGCCAGCGGUAGCCAUCAAAUGGAUGGUGGAGGCAAUACUGGAGGUAGUGGUAGUGGUGGGGCUGCCAGAUCUCUGGGAGAGAAAACUAAACGGGCCGCUCUUUUGUUGCGCUCCAACAAUGAUGAGGACAAUCAAAUUUUAACCCUUAAUGAACCCAAUUAUGAAACCUUAAACCCCAAAACAGCUCCAUCCCGUGUGGAGAAUCCCUUCUAUGAAAAUCUCAAAUUCAUACAGACCAACGAGAAGCGCCUGAGCGAUCCAGCUGUAAAUGCUGCUGGCGAAAAAUCGAACAGCACAAGUGCCGCCUCCAGCAUGGUCAAGCGUUCGUCGAGCAAAUCAAAUCUGGACAACCAACCCUCCACUUCACAGACCCAACAUUUCCAGAGAUCAUCCAGUUCCAGUAAUCCCUUUGCCGUAGACCAGCAGCGUUCAUCGCGCAAGCUCAGCGACAGCAAUGCUGAUAAUCUGAGUCGCAAUUUUGGCAGCACUCAAAAUCUCAUAAAUAAUAGUCAGAAUAAUCUAAGCAAAACCAAGAAACGCAGUAGUCUUAAUCUCAAGUCUAGUGUGGCCAAGAAUGGCAAAGAUCCACCACCUGGCCUGCAGCCGGCCAAGCGCAGUAACUCCAACAUGAAUCUGCGGAGAGAAUCCACGGAUAAUUCCAAGCUCACACAAGUGGGCAGCAAAAGUGGACUGAGUGUGCCAGCCGCACAGGGUCACGGUCCUGUGCCGCUGAGACGCAGCAUAAGCUCCACACCAGCCCACCAAUCCAAUCAAAUGCCGGGCAAUGUCUUGGCCAAAUCUUCUUCCUCCUCGUCCACACCGGCUGCAUGCUUAGCUGGCAGUAACACAUCGCAGCAACUGCCAUCAUAUAAUGCUCAACGUGCGUCGCGAGCUAGUUUUAGUAACAUACCCAGAGCUAGUCUUAGUUUGCUUAAUACGGCGGCGGCAGCAGCAAAUGCAGCCUCUAUAGCAUCCUCCAGCUGUUCGUCGGCUGGCGGCAGUGUGGGUAGCAGUAAUUCUCCGGCCAAUCUUAACAAUAGUUUUAAUUUUAAUCCAGCCAUAGCAACACAAGCCGAACACAGGCGCAGCCGCACAAGCUUGCCACCACCACCGCUAAUCAGUGCCCCCCUACCGCCCGGGCAGCAACGUUCGAAUUCGAUAAGACAGCAUACCCACAACUAUCAUCCACCACCACUGCCUGCUGCGGCCUCAGCAUCCACAUCCAAGUCAUCAUCCUCCUCCUCCGCCAGUUCUGCUAACAACACCACCAGCCACCACAAUUCGAAAAUGCAUGCCACAGAAUUGACAUCAGAUUUGGAGGUAAUGGUCUCCGACAUAGAAACCCUGGUUAGUUAGUCAAAAAUGCAUGGAGUUCGUCAGAAGAUGCGUUCGCUGAAGGAUCGCAUGAAUACGUAUCUGCAAGACGGACACUAAAAAAAGUAUUAAAAUGUAACAGCAAUCUAAAGGCUGCUAUACACGUAAUGUUAGAGUCAUAUGUAAAGCUACUUGUUAUACAUUUAUGUUAGGCAUGUUUAUAGCAUACUUUUAGGCGCCUCACACAAUUUGUUUUCUGAGAGGAAACGCAUUUAUAUAGCAAAUAUUAAUAUGUUCAUAGAAUAAAUGUAAUAUAUAUAGCGUUUCGUUUCAGAAGACACCUACCAGAGCAAGAGUAUGGGUAUGAAGAGGUCAAACUGCAGGUGGUCUAAAGCCACCCUUCAAAUUUAAAAAAAAAUAUUGGGGACCCCUAAAAGUUUGCUACAAAAGUGUUUAUAAUAAACUAUAAAAGAAUCAAUUUCCAUAUGACUCUAACAGAAUGUGGGAACGGGCCUUAAACAAAACAACACAUAACAUAACUUUGAUAUGGUCUUUUUCGAGUCAUUUUUUUCUACAACAGACAGAAAAUGCCGCCUCACUGCCCUCGUUUUUAAUUUCUGUUUCCUGGGUUGAUUUUGGGAACAAAUUCUUUGGUUUUUCAUUUUCCUUUAAGGCCGUCAACUGAAAAUCAAAUGGUAUUAACAAAAUGAUAUUAAAACAACAAAAGUAAUACUAACAGUCCACAGACAUACGUAGAUAUAAAUUUGAAUAUAUUUUAAAAUCUGUGGAAAUUUUAUAACAAAACAAAAACUAACAAACAAAUGGAAGACUUCCCCUAAUCCAUCCAUUACCAUACAUAUCUGAAGAUAGUUUAUUUUUCUUAAAUUAAUUUUCAAAAUUUAUGUACGAACAUACAUAUUUAUUGCCAUGUUAUGAUGAUGUUGGGAAAAAUGUUUUUAUUAAAGGACACAUUUUUGAUGAGAGGAUACAGGUAUAAACAUUUCCUAAUUUAAAAAAAUUGAGUCUAAAGGUUCGAAGGGUUAAAGAAUUCACAAAUUAUUAUGGCAGGAUAGCAACGCCAGAACAGAAGAAAUGGAACACCCUCAAUUUUCCCUGAGUUUUUAUUUUCAGUGAUUAAAAGGGAGAGACUUUUAGGUGGUCUUAAGGAAACGGAACGAAGUACUUUUAAUGAACUCUAAAUUCUGAAAAAUUAACCGAUCUGCCGAGAGAAAAACAAAUUAUUUUUAUGUCUAGUUUUCCAUUUUAAGAUCAAACUGGCAAUGCCCACAAUUUCGACAACAAAAAGUCCAGAUGGAUUCGCUCCAAAUGUUCGUGUUAAGCCUUUUUAUACCCUCCACCAUUGUAUGGAGGGUAUAUUAAGUUUGUUAGUACUCAAAACACACAAUUAGUUCAAUUUGACAACAUGUGUUUUGUCUAAACUUAAUAAAUCGUAAAACAUUUUGAGACCUCCUAGUUUUUGCCUUUUGAAAAAAAAUAAUAUUAGGAAAAUGUUUACCUUUUACAUCAAAAAGUCUUCAAAAUCUUUCAUUUUAAAGUUCACCGAGGAGGAUACUAAUAAAACCAUUGCACAAUGGAACCACAUACAAAUUUUCUGUUCAAAGAUAUUUCAACAUCUCCAUAUCAAAUUCCAAUAUCCAAUUUUAUAAUUUUAGCUCUAUUCCUUCACCUAAUACCAAAAUCAGUAACAUUUUGAAGGCACAUCUAUCCAUCCGAAAAAUCAAAAAUCAUCCAAAAUAAGUACAAUUUAGUAAUUUUCGAACAAGUUUUGUAUGCACUUACAGAUCCACCACCAGAUCUCAAGCUCAGUUCCCAACAGUAACCUUAAUAUUCCAAAUUCCAGUAUUUCAGCUCUGUUAUUUCCCCAUUACUAAACUUAGUAGCAAUUAGUACGCAUAUCCAAAACCCAUUUCUUCUCUCAAGCACAGACUCCAGCAGUCACAUCUAUAUCAAAUUUCAGGAUUCCACAUCUAUCCCUUUACCAAUAGCUGAUUUAGUACUAUUUAGUACUAUUUCACAUUUCCAAAAGCACCUCCAUAUCUCAAUACCAGAAACCAACAGAGGCCUCAAUAUCAAAUUUCGCGAUUCUCGCUCCAUUCCUCCACCCUAUGGCCAAUUUGGUAUCACAUUUUUAAAACCACAUCCAUAUCUUAACACCAGCAGCGAAAUCUUACUAAAUUUCGGGAUCCAGCUCUUUCCCUUCACCCAAUACCAAAUUUGGUACUAUUUAGUACUUUUCGUACAUUUAUAGUACACAUUUCCAAAACCCCCUACAUAUCUUAAUCGCAGAUACUAACAUAGACCUCGUUAUCAAAUUUCGGGAUUUCAGCCAAUAUCCGAUUUGGUACCAUUUAGUACCGCCAUAUCUUAACCCAAUAUCCGAUUUGGUACCAUUUAGUACCGCCAUAUCUUAACACCAACAGUAAAAUUAUGGUACACAUUUCCAAAACCACCUCCAUAUGUCAAUUUCAGAUACAAACAAAAACCUCAAUAUUGAAUUUCGGAAUUCCAGCUCUAUCCCUUCAACCAAUAACCAAUUUGGUAUCACUUAGUAAUUUUCGAACAAUUCAACAGUGACAUCUUAUCAAGUCUCAGAAUUUCAGUUCUUCCGUUCCCCCAAUAUCAGAUUUUGUACUUUUCGUGCGAUUAUAGUACACUUUUUCAAAUUCAAAUUUAUAUCUCAACCCCAGAUACUAACAGACAACUCAAUAUCAAAUUUAAAGAUUCCAGGCAUAUCCCUUCACCCAUACCAAAUUUAGUACCAAUUAGUACUUUUCGUACAACUAUAGGACGCAUUUUUAAAACACCGCGUAUUAUCAAACACAGGUACCAUCAGUAAUCUAAACAUCAAAUUUAAGAACUAUAUCUCUAGCCCUCCACCCAACACCAAAUUAAGUACCAUUCAGUACUUUUUGUACAAUUAUGGUACACAUUUCCAAAACCACCUUAAUAUCUCAAUCCCAUAUACCAACAGACAUCUCAAUAUAAAAAUUUGAGAAUUUUAUCUCUAUACCCUUCAAAUUUGGUGCUAUUUAGCACUUUUCGUACUUUUACAGUACACAUUUCCAAAACCAGCUCCUACUCUCAACCAGAGACACCUCAGUAUUUAAUUUCGGGAUUCCAUCUCUAUCCCUUCACCGCAGACCAAAAUUAGGUACUUUUCCUACAAAUAUAGGACGCAUUUUUAAACCACCGUCAAAUUUCAAAUACAGAUACCAUCAGUAAUCUAACUCUAUCAAAUUUCAGAAGUGUUUCUGUAUCCCUUCACCCAACAGCAAAUGUAGUACCACUCAGUACUCUCGUACAAUUAUAAUACACAUUUCUGAAACCACCUCCGGGCUACACAUAAACAGCGACCAUAAUACCAAGUUUCAGAUUUCAAGCACUAUCUGUCCACACAUUACCAAAAUUUACCAAAUAUGGUACUAUUUAGUACAUUUCUUGCUCUUGGCAAGACUACCUCUUUAUCACAAACCUACCACCAAAAGGAAUCCGCACAAUAAAAAUUUCGAAAUUCCAACUCCUAAACCUAACUGCUUCAAAUUUAGUACCAUUUAGUACAGUUCGUACGCCUAGUACAGAUUUCGAAAACCACCUCUCUAUCACAAACAGUGGUGGCAGAAUACCAAAUUUCAAUUUUUUUACCUCUAUCCGUUCACUUAAUACCAAAUGGUACCAUUUUAGAAGUUUAGUACUAUUUUAGAAGUUUUCGUAAGCUUAAAGUUAGAAUUUCCAAAAAAAUAUACUGCGAAAUCCAAAAAAAAAAUCUGUCCUGCACUCCUUCAGUGACUCUUACUCAAAAAUUUUAGAAUUCUACCUCAUUUCCUUUGUCCAAUAGAAAGUAUUACAUUUUUAGUCCAUUUUAGUACGUUUCUUACCCUUUUAGUACGCCUAUUGGGCUCCCUGUCUAUCUACCACCAAGGUUUGUGAUAGUACUACAUUUGGAACAGUUUGGUUUAGGGUGAACGGAUGGAGCUGGAAUUUUAUAUUGGGGUUCCGGUACGUGGAAAGUUUUUAAUAAUAUGUAGUUUUGGAAAUGUGUACUACAAAUGCACGGAAAGUACUAAAUAUUACUACAUUUCUUACAAUUUGGUAUAGGGUACAUAUUUGGAAGUGGUUUCGGAAAUGUGUACAAUAACUGUACGAUACAAUUCUGAAAUUUCAUAUAUAUAUCGCUGAUAGUAUCUGUGUUUCAGAUUUGGUGGUAGUUUGAAAAUGCGUCCUAUAUUUGUACGAAAAGUACUAAAUUCAAAAUUUCAAGAUCUAGCCUCAGCCGUUUCGUCUGGGCAUUGAUUCUCGGUCAGUCAAUCAGUUAUUGCAGGGAGUCCUCUUUCCUUAUAUUGAAUGUUUCUAAAUCGUCAUCUCCUUACUUUUGUGGGGAUUUUUAAAACAAAUUUCCUACAAAACGGUUUGUUUCAUAAAACUUUUAUGUCAUUGCUUGUUUAAAACAAAAUGCGACAACCCUGCCCACUCUCUUUAACUUUGAGCCUAAAAGUAUGCUUUGAAAACGGUCUUAACGUAUAGAAGCAUUUCUACAUCAUCUAACAUGGCAAUAGCAAAAUCAAUAAAACAAAUCUUGCCUUAAAUUUGUAAGAUAAAAUCGAACAAUUUUGGGUCUACUCAACAACAUAACAAUUUAGGAAAUAUGUACGAAAUUGCUGAUAUUUGAAAAUAUCUUGUACACAAAAACAAAUCCCUUCUCCUCAGCACCAACAUUUUGAAAGAAAAAGUAAAAGUCUUCAAAAACUAUUUUGUGAUCGUAGUUUAUUUAUAAUAAAUUUAUUUUUUAAAAAAUCAAGCAGAAAUCUAAAUUGAACAAUAAUUAAAGAAAUUAAAAAACAAGUCUUAUAACAGUUAUAAGCAACAAUAACAACACGUUUGGACAUUAAACAAACAAAAACAAAACUAUUGUAAAAAAUUAUGUAAAUUUUUAUGUUAUAAAUACAUUGCAAUUGUAAUAAAACGAAAAACAAAACUGAUAUAAUUUUAUAAUAGAAAAAACAACUACAACUACAUUAUAAUAUAAAUAUUAAAUAAUAACUGUGUAAAAACUAACCGUAAAUAUUAUAUAUAAAUAAACAAAAACAAUUAAUAUUUUUAAGGCAAAGCAAGCAAAAAGGCAAUUGAAGUCUUCUUCAUUUGGAUAUGCAAAGGAAAAAAAAUAUACAUUAUUGUCAGCAAAAUAUUGGUAGUUAAAUAAAAAAACAAACACAACAACAAAAACUAGACAACAAAUAAUUAUGUGUAAAGUAUAUUUUUUGCCAACUAUUAUUUUUUUAUUUGAUUUCUUAACCUUACUUUUGUCCCAGUUUUAAUUUGUAUUAAUACCACUAAUAAUAUUAAUAAUAGUUAAGUAAUUAAUUAAUUAAUUAACAAUGAAAUGUAAGCUUAAAUUUAAUAACACCUAAACAACAACAACAAAAAUAACAAUCGAAUAAAUUAAAAACAAAAAUCAUACAAAUAAAAACCACUAUGAAUAAAAAAUAUGAAAAAAAAAAUAAUAAAAACGUUUUAAAAUGUCUUAUGUGUCAAUUAAUGUAUAAAUUGUGUAAAAUAAAACAAAACAAAAGCAAAAAAACAAUGAUAAUCAUACAUGAAUGAAAACAAACAAAAAAAAAACAUGAAUAAAUAAAAAAACAACACAAAAA